CCACCAAGUUUUAUACCCAAUAAAACUCAAACUCAACGAAAAAUAAAUAAAGAUUCUAAAAAGUAUUUUGUCUUUUUUGUUUGCUUUCUUAAUACCGAAUCCGUAUCCGCGUAUCACGAAGGAGGCAUCUGAGCCGUCGAAAUCACAACCAAAAAUAAAAUCUAACACGCGUCACUCAGAGGAUCAUCUAUUUUUUGUGUUUCCCAAAAGCCUCUAAACAAACGUAAACGUCUCUUUCUACUCCUCUUAAACGAUUCUAGAUCUUUCUCCACUCCACAACCACCCUCCUUCUCACACAAACCCUCCCUUUUCCCCUUCAAUUCUCUCCUUCCGUGCUCGCGUGCACCUUCAGAAGCGGAUUAGAAGAUGGCCGAUUGGGGUCCGGUGAUAAUUGCGGUGGUUCUGUUUGUGAUUCUCUGUCCAGGUCUGCUGUUUCAAAUACCAGGAAGAGGAAGAAUAAUAGAGUUCGGGAACAUGCAAACAAGUGGUGCUUCCAUUCUUGUUCACGGCAUCAUUUACUUUGGACUCAUCACUAUCUUACUCAUUGCCAUUGGCGUUCACAUCUACACUGGGUAAAGUAAACUCAUCGACAUCGCACUGAAUGGAAAGGGGAUCUAGAAUCUGGACGCAUUUUGUUUUGCUUUCUUAAUUUUCGAGAUUGUCUUUAUCUGUUUUGUAGGGCUUCUUUUCUGUUGUCUGUACUUUUCACGUGUAUGUAUGUAUGUGCUUUGGAAGAUGAAUUUGAUCUGUGAUACUGUUUUUUUUUGUACUUGAAAUCUGUUUCGAUAAUUUCUGUAACCCCACUUUCCCCUCCAUAAAAAUAAACAAAGGGAUAAGGAUGAUUUUGUGA